AUGGAUGGAGUGGCUGGAGGUGUGGGUACCCCCAGCAGCGGCGGGGGGUCUGGGGGCGAUAGCCUCCCCAGACGUAACGGAGGGGACUCGAAGAGGCGCAGUAAGGGCAGCCUGCCCUCCCCGGGCUACAGGCUGUCCCAGGCCUCACUAGAAGGGGAAAGGGGCUCCUUCGGGGGAGAUAGCACUUCCUUAAGUGGACGCGGCCGUCGCCUCUCCAUCAUGAGCUCCUCCACCAGAGACGGCCUUCCCUUCCGCACAGCAGGCACCCCAACCACCCCGGUGCCCCUGCCACCUCCACCACCCGCCUCCUCUGCCACAGCCCAUCCUCCACCACGCUCAGUGGGCUUUGCCUCGUCCAGAGCCGCCCUAGCCUCCACCUCCUCCACUGGGACUGGAGUGAUGGUGGUGGCCACCGGCCUAGAGACCACCACCACCACGACCUGCAACACCACUGCAGCAGGGAGCCCUGAUAUGAUGGGUCAGAUCGGAUUGGGUGGCUUUGGCAUGGGGCUGGACGGAGAGGACUACAGCACCUCCAACCAGAGCACCUUCAUCCAGAGACAGUUUGGAGCCAUGCUUCAGCCGGGGGUCAACAAGUUCAGCUUGCGCAUGUUUGGAUCCCACAAAGCUGUGGCACUGGAGCAGGAAAGACUGAAAUCAGCAGGGGCGUGGAUCAUACAUCCCUACAGUGACUUCAGAUUCUACUGGGACCUGUUGAUGUUAAUGUUGAUGAUGGGGAACUUAAUCAUCCUGCCAGUGGGCAUCACUUUCUUUAGAGAGGAGAACACUCCCUCGUGGAUCAUCUUCAACGUGGUCUCGGACACUCUCUUCAUGGUCGACUUGGUUCUCAACUUCAGGACCGGCAUCAUCAAGGAAGACAACACUGAGAUACUGCUAGACCCCAGGGCGAUUCGCCAGAACUACCUGAAGAGCUGGUUCCUCGUGGACUUUCUGUCAUCCAUCCCGGUGGACUACAUCUUCCUGAUGGUGGACAGUCUCGACACCGAGGUCUACAGGACAGCCAGGGCACUGCGCAUCGUCCGCUUCACCAAAAUCCUGAGCCUGCUUCGGCUGCUCCGCUUGUCUAGACUCAUCCGCUACAUCCACCAGUGGGAGGAGAUCUUUCAUAUGACCUAUGACCUUGCCAGUGCCAUGGUAAGGAUAGUUAACCUGAUCGGUAUGAUGUUGCUGCUGUGCCACUGGGACGGCUGUCUGCAGUUUCUGGUCCCCAUGCUGCAGGAUUUCCCUCCUGACUGCUGGGUUUCCAAGAACCUGAUGGUGAAUGACACAUGGGGCAUUCAGUACUCCUAUGCUCUAUUCAAAGCCAUGAGCCACAUGUUGUGUAUCGGGUAUGGUGCCCAGGCUCCAGAAGGGAUGACUGAUGUGUGGCUCACCAUGCUCAGUAUGAUCGUAGGUGCCACCUGCUAUGCCAUGUUCAUUGGCCAUGCCACCGCUCUCAUCCAGUCAUUGGACUCCUCGCGACGACAGUACCAAGAAAAGUACAAGCAGGUGGAGCAGUACAUGUCAUUCCAUAAGCUUCCUGCAGAUGUUCGGCAAAAGAUCCACGAGUACUACGAGCACCGCUUCCAGGGUAAAAUGUUUGAUGAGGAGAACAUCCUGGGAGAACUCAGCGAGCCACUCAAAGAGGAGAUAGUGAGCUUCAACUGCCGCAGCCUGGUGGCUAACAUGCCACUGUUCGCCAACGCUGAUCCCAACUUUGUGACUGCCGUGCUGAUCAAGCUCCGCUUUGAAGUGUUUCAGCCUUCAGACUUUAUCAUCCGUGAGGGCACAGUUGGGCGGAAGAUGUACUUCAUCCAGCAUGGACGAGUCAGUGUGCUGACCCGUGGUAACAAGGAAACCAAGCUAAGCGAUGGGUCUUAUUUUGGAGAGAUCUGUUUGCUGACUCGUGGACGGCGGACAGCCAGCGUCCGUGCAGAUACAUAUUGUCGUCUGUACUCUCUCAGUGUGGACAGCUUUAACGAGGUGCUGGAGGAACACCCGAUGAUGCGGCGUGCAUUUGAAACUGUUGCUGUUGACCGACUGGACCGUAUCGGCAGGAAAAACUCCAUGCUCCUGCGUAAGUCAUCCCAGGGUGGUUCUCUGGGGGGCAGUAUGGGUCGUGGUGGAGGUCGGGGUGGAGGUCCAGGAGCCGGAGGAGGCUUGGCAGCAGGCAGCCUUGGUUCCUGUGACAGCAUGCUGGUGCAGCAGAUUGUCAAACACGACAGCAUGCCGGCCAUGCAGGAUGCCAUUGCGGCCGCUGCUGCAGGAAGAGGUGGAGUCAUGGGAGGAAGUGGCACAGUGUCUCCUCGGCCACGCCCGGUCAUCUGGGCACCGCUGGUCCAUGCCCCUCUGCAAACUGCAGCUGCCACCAGUAAUGUAGCCAUCGCCCUCAUGCACCAGCAGCAGCAACAACAGCAGCAGCUCCAGCACUUGCAGCAGCAUGCACUUGGUGGUACUUUCUUCCUGCCCUCCCCUCUUGUCUCUCCCUCUCCCUCCUCCUCUUUCCCUCUGUCUCCUCCUCGUGCUCCUGUGUUACAGCCCCUCCGCCCCUCUGUGAGCUCACUCAUCGGAAUGAUGACGAUGGGAGGGAUGGGUGGUUUGUCCCCAAGAGGUUUUCCUGCCUCUCCCUCGAGCAUGGGCCCUCCUGGUGGAGUGACAUCGCCCCCUAUUGCUAAAACUCCACCCACACAAGCCUCCUCUGUUGCGACUUCCAUACAACAAGGAAGGACUCUUCAUUACAGCCUCCGCCUCCAGGCUGAUCAUCCCUCUGUGAUUGCUGGAUCACUUGUAACCCCAACUCCACCCCUCCACAAGGUCACUACCACCAACCCCCCUGCUGCUUCUGGUGCCCCGUUAGAUGGCAACACUUCUGUCACGGGCCAGCAGGGAGCAAAAGAAGCUUUGUUACGUCAUGGAGGAAGCAGCUCUCAGUGUCUCCCAGCGCUGGGCAGACUAACCCAGGAGGCCAGGCUGCUGUCGGCCUCGCAGCCCACUCUGCCUCACCGCUCCUGGGCUGGAGUGCAGCCACACCCGCCUCUCCACCGCAAGGCCUCUGGUGGCAAUUUGCUGCCAGCUCCUUUCUUGGUAGGGCAAUUAGCCAGGGGAAGCAGUGCGGGCAUGCUGACUUCUAACGUUCCAGUACAGGCGGUGACAAAUAUACCGUUUAAUGUGCAAACACAAGCACAGGCCACAGUUCCUAUUCAGCCCACAGCCACAUACACACAGUCUGUACCCACACCUAUGGCUGCACACAUGCCUUCUGUAGCUUCUUUGCCAUCUUCCUCCCCUCCAAAGCAGACUCCGCUCUCCUCUGCCACCCCUUCACCUGUACCCACCCCCUCGUCUCCUACACCUAUACUCUCCCAGCCACCACGUCCUAAACCAAUCCCAAUGACCGCCUCUCGUUCCUUCUCUCCUCCUCCUCCUUGCUCCACCCCUCCUUCAGCGGGAACACACCCGCUGUCGCUCUCAUCAACUCCUCGUCCCAAACCGCUCCAUACACCCUCUCCCCGCUCUUCCUCUCCCUCUCCUUCCUCCACACCGCCUCCAUCUUCUGUUUCUGCCCCUGUUCCCCUACCUCAAACUUAUGGGCACAAGUCAUCUCUCACCUCCUCUUCUCCCCCUUCCUCCUUGGUAACUUCUUUACCACCGCAUCCCCAAAGCCCCCGAGCCAAGGCAUCCAACACACCUCCCUCUGCUUCUCCACUGUCUGGCCCCAGUCCUGCUCCAACCCCAAUCCCCUCUACAAUACCGACUCCCACUCAGACUACCCGCACCCGCACUUCUACCCCCUCCCAAACGCCUGGACUUACACCUGUUACUCCUAGUCAGACCUUUACUCCUUCACCUUCCCCCUCUCCCAUCCCUGUUACAUCUGUCCCCUCCCAUAGUAAGUCCCAGAGUCCAACCCCUUGUCUCCAGCCUUCUGUCUCCAGCUCAGCCAAAGGCCCUACCUCGAGCCAGAUCCCAAAACAGGCCUCACCUCUAACCCCAACUCAAACUGCAUCCCCCACCCCAGCUAGCACUAGCUUUCCAACUAAAGUAACUUUCUCAGUUCAUCCUGUGAAGCAAACCCCUCUUGUUGUAACUCAAAGCCCCACUUCAGGCUCUGGUCAUUCCACCAAAACAACCCCAUCCUCAACAACAUUGAAGAGCUCCACUAAUCCCUCCUCUCUGACUACCACCCCUUCCUCUACCAUCACCUCUCCUAGUAUCCAGUCUGCCUCUGCUCAUCCCCCAAAACAAAUGCCAUCCACCACAGCUGCCCCUGCCCACUCCUCAAAACUCAAUACAACCUCUACCCCUGCCCAGACCUCUCAGGCAUCCACCACUACCACCCAGUCAGCACAUGCAGCCACCCCUGCCAACACCACCUCCCCUAAAGUUGGGAAAAAGGACCCUCAGCUGCCACAGGCUAAAAAAGACUCAGAGGGACUAAGACACAAAUUGCCCGCCAACAUGUAAGAAAGAUCAAGAAGAAAAUCUUAAAGGACUUAAACUAGCCGUUACUGAUAAGAGGAGUAAUGGAUAUACAGAGUUGUGUCAGAGUUGGCACCAGACGUCCAAUGAUCUCAUGUGGACAGGUACAUCUUGUUUGCAUUCACUCUAGGAUGUGAUUGUCUUAGAACAUCAGGUGUUCAUGUGACUCUCAACCAAGCCACUGAUCGAGGAUACAGACUCUUUAUGGGCCUGUUGAGUUGUAGGUGCAGGCAAUGGUUCGAGUCUAAAAAAAACAUCCAAAUGUAUACAUACAUAUCUGUGUUAGUGAUUGUUGGAGCAAGCAGGGGAGCUGAAGUGGAAACAGUAAAAUGGGAUGGAAGCAAUAGCUGAGAGUCAGAAAAAAAAGGUAGUAUAUGUGAAAAGUCUCCAUUUUCUUGACAAUGGAAACAGCAAUACAUGUGAAACACUGAACACUCUCCUAAUGUGACAGGAAAUGACCUUGACAAUAAUAAUAAAUGUGAGAAAAUAAUAAUCUUCCUGCUGUUGGGAAGUAAGUCUACUGUGAUGUCAGUUUUAAAUGCAGGCAAUAGAACAGACACGUCCUGGUUUCCAGCUCCAACCCCCUCUUGCUUCCCAUUCUGCACCAAAGUGUAAUAUUUUCUCAUCUGAAUAAUAAGAAUUAUAAGGAUAUAGAGUUUAAAAAUCACUGUAAAGUCGAUACUCAUAUGAAUUUGAAUAAUUAGGAGCAGUCCACUGGUAGUUUUGUUGUCCCAGGUGUGUGGUGUUUAGUUUUUAAACAAAGACAAAACUUUUAAACCUACAUGUUCACUCUGACGACUUCUGUAAAUUGUGUUUUUUGUGUGACAAACAAUCCUGCUCUGCUCUGCUGUGCUGACUAGAUUUUGUUCCACCCGGCUCCCUGUACUGUAAAUACGUGCCUCUCUGUGGGUCUGUUGUAUGCUUCCUCGCUCCUCAGCCUCUGAGUCUUUCAUCUGUUGUCUGUCUCGCUGCCUUUCAUCUGAUUUCACAGCUCUGGUCGCUAACUGUUUCUUUGACGCUCACAGACUCUCUCCCUAUCUCUCGGUUUGCCCGACACUUGCCAUCAGCCUCAUGUUCAGUUUGCUCCUCCUUCUGUUGCCCUACGACAUUGUUUUAGCGCCAUUUCCAGUGAUGUUUGAUGUUUUG